CACACACUGGUCCUGCUGGCAGCUGGCCGGUCCAUCUCCCACUGAGAGAACCAGGAAGCCUGGAUUGUCGGCUGUUCAUCGGCGGCCUGGACCGUCGUAGAUCGAUCUUGGCUAGAACGAGAGCAUAUCAGCAUAUGCCUCAAAUCAUACCCAACCUGGGCUUUCGAGGGCUUGACCACUUCUUUCUGAACGUACUUACAUUGCCCAUUUUCCCUGGGCAGAAGCUCAGUGGUCACUAAUAUCUCCGACACAUUCUGCUCAAAACUAAACCAGGUUCAAUUGCCCGUGAUUCGGGGUCCUAUCCACCUACUCCCCUAAUAAGAGACCUGCAAUUCAAGCCAACAAUCAGACACCACUAUUUCUGCCAGGACAGCUCGGCUCAUCUGCAGCGACCAUGUCGGGACGGCGGGAUAGUCUGACGCCUCCUGUCAGGCAAGGCACUCUUGACCCAGGCGCCCAUGAUCUAGCAGAGGCAUCCGACUCGGAAGAGCACUAUUCAGAUGCCCAAUCCGGGCCCGACCCGACCUCUCCGUCUCCAGCCUCGCCUAUCCCGAGAACAAGGGUUGAGCGGGUUGACGACAAGCCGGCUUACGGGGAAGUCCCCGGCACCCAGGCCUAUCGCAUGAGGGAGGAGGACGCGGCGCCAGAUGAGAUAGCUAUCAUUCCCGACCCUCGUGACCCGUCCCCGCCUGAACCUCAGCAUGUGGGCAGGCCGCCAACGCCCGGCGGGCAUCCCAUCCCCAAGACUGUGGUGGAGGAGGCGCCGGAUGCCGAGGGCGCAGUGACACACCCCGAGGUUGACGAGAAGCACAAGUCGGAUCCCAGUCCCGACCUGCUCGUCAAGGCAGACGGUCAGCGGGUAGAGAAGGGCGGAGAAGCAGCAAACGAUACUCCAAUAUCACCAUCUCUAAGUACUCCUCCCACACCGGCACGCUCAAGAAGAAAAUCAUCGCUUGCUCUGAAAAGAUCCCCGUUAAGCCCUGGGUCAUCCCCGCCUUGGAGCGCCGUAACCGCUGCGGAGGGCACUGCCGAGCAGCAGGGGAACGACAGGGAUGAAGAGUUCGGUGAUGACUUUGAUGAUUUCGAAGAAGGCGACGAAGGGGGCGACUUUGGUGAUUUCGACGACACCUCCUUCCAAGAAGCCCAGGGAGCAUCCGCCCCUCCACUGCCCCAAACUCCUUUCGUGCCGUCUCUCCCCUUCCCUGUCCCAAACUUCGAGGACCUCGACCCCCCCGAAAUCUACUCCCUCACCGCCCCUUACCUAGACGCCCUCUUCCCACCAUCCUCACUCUCCUCCUCCACCCCCCUCCCGCCCCAUCAACAACCUCCAAAAGACAACCCCGUCUUCUUGACCCCUCGCUCCGCUUCACUCUGGUCGCAGCUGGUCGCCCCGCCGCCACUGCAGCCGCCCGACUGGAUCCGCUCGCGCAUCCGCCGCCUGUUCCUCGUCUCGCUCGGCGUGCCCGUCGACCUCGACGAGAUCCUCCCGGCCUCGUCCAAGCAGAAGAAGCUCGUCCUGCCCUCGCUGCGCCUCCGCCGCAUGUCCUC